AUGGGGAUCGGAUUGGACAAGCUCCGCCAUAGCAAGUCGCCGUUCCACGGCAUUGCACCGGGGAAGCGAGUCCAACCCCUCGGCCAAAUCGACCUGCCCAUCUGCUUCGGCACAGCGGCCAACUUCCGCAAGGAAGUGCUCACCUUCGAGGUGAUGAAGAUGCUGGGACCAAAAGGUGUCAUCACCGUUGGCUCCUCGUUCGAGCAUGCCUAUGAGUGCAACAUCGAGUGCGUCGAGCACGCCGAGGCACUGGCGCUCGAUGAGGCCCUCGCCACGCAGCUACAAGGAAUGGCCGAGGAGGCCAUGGACUCCAAGCAGCGGUACGCGGGCAACUUCGAGUCCGCUGAGGAUACCAAGGACGUACCCCUUGACCCAAAGACCCCCAACGACAAGGCGCUGAAGAUCAGCGCUACCCUUGACAGCAAAUAG